GCCCUACAUUAGUAAUAACUUACGCUAUAUGGAAAAUAAAGUUUAAAACUAUUGUUCAGCCUAAGUAAUAAACUGGAAAAAUGAGCAUUAAUAAGAGCGCUAAGAUGAUGAACUUCGUCAAUUAUAGGAUGAAGGUAACAGUUACCGAUAAUCGAACACUUAUUGGUACCUUCAUGGCUUUUGAUAAGCACAUGAACAUCGUGCUUGGUGACUGUGAAGAAAUAAGAAAGGUUAAAUCCAAAAAGGCAAAGUCUGAGAAAGUUGAGCGUCGAGUGUUAGGCCUUGUUUUACUUCGCGGAGAAAAUGUUAUUCAGAUGAACAUAGAAGGCCCUCCAGUACAAAAUGAUAGCCGUUCAAAAGCGGCAGCAGCAGCCGCUAAUGCUCCUCCGGGACCGGGGAUGGGUCGCGCUGCUGGGCGGGGUCUCCCCACCGUACCGGUCGCUCAGGCGCCGGCCGGUUUAGCUGGACCAGUUCGUGGCAUUGGUGGCGCUGGGCCUAGUGUGAUGCAACCCGUUCCUUCUUUAAUGCCCCAAGGCUACCCUCAGCCUACGCAAGCCGGAUCUGUUAACCAGUCUUACCCUCCUUUUCAAGGUCCUCCUCCCGGCUUCACAGGAGCACCACCCGGAACUUCUCAGUCUCACCCCCCGCAACAAGCUCCCCCAGGAAUGCCUCCCCAAGGGCCCCCUCCUGGGUUUCCCGGCGCUCCGCCGUCAUUCUCGCCUGUCGGGCGGGGCCUCCCUCCUCAAUUUCCACCUGGGUUAAGACCUCCUGUCGGCAUGCCUCCCAUGGGUCUGCGGGGCCCGCCGCCUCCAGGUAUGUUUCCGCCAGGCAUGCCUCCUCGUGCACCGCCUGUUAUGGGUAUACCCCCCCGUGGCCCGAUGCCAGGACAGCAGUGACGGCUUGAUUCUCCGCUUUACAUGGAAACAUAAUUAUAUUAGGUUCAAAUAAAUAAGAAACUAGGGCGAAUGAGCGAGCAUGGACUGGACAAGCACUUUGUUGUAGU